AAAAUGAUUAAAAUAUACGCUACCAAUCGUCAGUUUGGAUGUAAAAGAAUAGCAUGUUUAAGAACGAAUGAGGUGUCGAAAUAUGCGGACCAUUUGCAACAUUUGGACUCCCUCGGUUCCAGUAAUUUUUACCGUCUGCUUCGGUCUAAUUUCGUUUCCGGUAUUACAUUCGUCUGACGAAUGCCAGGAGUUAAUAACGAGAGCAAAUGAUCAGUUUUAUAAAGAAGAAGCUGUGUUAAAAUUUAGCCAAAAGACCAAAGUUUCGGAUGAAGGAAUGGCUUCGAGAAGAUGCAAUUUUAUUGCUGGAUUUAUCAAUGCAAGUGAAGAGUGCCUUGGAAAGGUCAAAGGCUGUCUUUAUUUGUCAGUAAAACAAAACCGGUCAAAACGGUUUGAAACGGUUCCGGAUUGCACCGAGGAUAAACUCGAAUGCUCCGAGGAAGCUAUAUAUAGAACAAUGGACGGCUCGUGCAACAAUGUGGAACAUCCAUCUUGGGGGAUGUCUAACAGAGUUCAGAGCAGAUUGUUAAACAGUCAAUACAACGACGGAAAGGACGAGCCGAAAAGCAAAGGGUGCAGUGGAACUUUGCCAAGUGCUCGAGAGAUAAGUAACAUCGUUCACGCGGCAGGGGAGACAAGCGAUAUUGACAUGAAACGGUCCCAAUUUAUCAUGACAUUUGGGCAAUUUCUGGCCCACGAUAUGGAUCGCACACCAGUGAUAAAAGAUGAGACUGGAAAAAAUUUGGACUGUUGUGGUGUCAACAAGAACGAUAAGGAGUGUCAUCCGAUUUCUAUCCCAGCAGACGAUAAGAGAUUUAGUCCAAGAACUUGUAUGCCGUUUUCAAGAUCAGUUGGGCAACACGACUGUAAUGGUGUUCGACAACAGCUAAACAUGCAGUCGUCCUACCUUGACCUUUCAAUGUCGUAUGUAGUUCAAGAAAUCAGAUUACUGUUUUUAACAGGGACAUUACACAAUUACGGAGACGCCUUGCCAGAUGAAACACUAACUGGCAUCAAUGCCGAUAAUCUUUGUGAACCAAAAGUCACAGACUUUCCUCCCAAGUUCUAUUGUCCAGUAUCAGGUGAUCCAAGAACCAACGAAACUCCAGUCCUUGCCUCGCUCCACACCAUCAUUCACAGAGAGCACAACCGGCUGGCAGACGAACUUGCUCGCCUGAAUCCAACUUGGAGCCCGGAAAAGGUGUUCCAGACCGCAAGAAAAAUAAACAUUGGUCAAUGGCAGCAUAUCGUGUACAAUGAAUACCUGCCAGCAACUAUAGGCCUAUCUAUUAUGAAAGAAUACAAAAUCGAUGUUAAGCCACAGGGGUUCCACGAUACGUACUUCCCUAACACGGACGCGACAGUCUUCAAUGCAUUCUCAACGGCCGCAUUUCGGUUCGGACAUUCCCUGAUACCCGAUAGCUUUACCCUUGUGGACUUCGAUUUCCGUCGUAAGCAGAGAGAAGAUUUGAAAAAACACUUUUUUAAGCCACAGUUAUACCAUGAUUAUGAAAAGUUAGCGAUUGAUUAUAUGCUCAUGGGAAUGGCAGACGCCUCGUGCCCACGAUUUGACAGAAAAUUUGAAGACAGUGUACGUAAUAACCUCUUCCUAAAUGAAAAUGACGUCACGGACGCAAUAGAUCUGCCAGCAAUGAAUAUUCAAAGAGGGCGAGAUCACGGACUUCCAGGUUACAAUGAUUACCGUGAAUUCUGCGGGUUACCAAAGGCAACCACAUUUGACACUAACACUGGUGGACUUGUUGACCAUUCGCCGGAAGUCGCAAAACUGCUCAAAGAGGCAUAUAAAGAUUGCAUUGAUGAUAUUGACCUUUUCACCGGCUUGGUAAGCGAAAGACCAGCUCCAGGAAGUCAGGUCGGUCCCACAACCCAGUGUCUAUUGGCAACACAGUUUCAGAGGCUUAAAAAUGGAGAUAAGUUCUUUUACGAGAGGAAUGACGUUGAAAUAAGUUUUAGUGAAGCUCAGCUAAAUGAAAUAAAGAAAGUUCGCAUGUCGACGUUGUUUUGCUUAAAUUCAAAGGCGACAAAAAUUCAAGAAAAUAUGUUCCUUAGGAUAGACCGAAAUGAUGGAAGGCGUGGAUCAUGUCAUAGGGAUCAAUUUUCACCUCUUGUAUCAUGUGAAAAUAUGGUUGGUGUCGACUUAAAUCUAUGGAAAGGCGCAUAGACAAGUAGAUGGACGUCACAAAUAAACAUUGCAAAACAAAAUUGGACACUUCAUAUACAAAUGCGACAUUUUCGAGAGGAUUUUUAACAUUUUAGGCCAUGGUCUUGUGUUAAAAGAAAUGUGUAUUCAUCACAGUCAAACAGAUAAAAUGAAUGUUUCAUGCACGAGCAGAAGCAAAAGAUGGUUUAGAUAAUUUGCCACAGUAAUUUGAGUGGUUUUUCAAAAACUAUAUCACACCUGGGACAUAAGAUAUCUUAUGUCCCAGAUCACACUAAAAAAAUAAACAUUUGAAAAAUACAUAUCAACUCAUUUUUGAGGCAUAAUGGACCAAUCUUUAUACUGCCAGAAUGGCUUGUUUAUAUUGUUGCUACAUGCAUAUCUAAGUCAUUAGCUUUUAUUCUAGCAAUUUUGUUUGUUUGUUAUAUAUGGGUUAUUUUGAAAUGCGAUUAAAGUUAUCAAAAGGUU